GAAGUGAAGUGAUAGUGUUGGCAUUAGUGAGGGCAGAUAGCCUGAGUUUCCAAUCUCCACAUCGCUGAACCUCACCUGUCUACCUCUCUUGGCAGUGGCCCUGUGUGCUCUUCCAUGUAGGAUGAUGACUUUCCAUUUUUUGAACAGUUCUCAUCUCUUUCCACAUACUUUCUUCUUGGCUGGCAUUCCAGGGCUGAGUGCUGCCCACAUUUGGAUCUCAGUUCCCUUUUGCUUCAUGUUUUUCCUGGCACUGACUGGAAAUGGUGUCCUGCUUUUUCUCAUAUGGACAGAACACAGGCUUCAUCAGCCCAUGUUUUUGUUUCUUGCCAUGCUCUGUUUUGUUGACUUGGUCCUCUCUCUCUCCACUCUGCCCAAGAUGCUGGCCAUUUUCUGGUUUAAUGCUACAACCAUUGGCUCCCAUGCCUGUCUUUUCCAAAUGUUUGUCAUUCAUGCAUUCUCUGCUAUGGAGUCAGGGGUGCUGGUGGCCAUGGCCUUGGAUCGCGUUGUGGCUAUCUGUAACCCUUUGCAUUAUACAACCAUCGUAACCCCAGCUGUUGUCACCAAGUUGGGAGGCCUAGUGAUGCUUCGAGGUAUGGGACUGGCCAUUUUCUUUCCAAGUCUAGUCCAUCGGCUGCCCUACUGUGGCUCACACACAAUUGCUUAUACCUACUGUGAGCAUAUGGCAGUGGUGAAGCUGGCCUGUGGGGCCAGGACUGUGGACAACCUGUAUGUCUUUGCUGUGGCAAUCUUUCUUGGUGUGGGGGACAUGGCCUUUAUUGCCUACACUUAUGGACAGAUUGUGAAGACAGUGAUGCAUUUACCUUCUCCUGAGGCACGUGCUAAAGCAGGCAGCACAUGUACAGCCCAUGUCUGUGUUAUUAUUUUCUUCUACGGACCAGGCUUUCUUUUGAUCAUGCAGCGUUUUGGACCACUCACAGCCUCUGGCGCCAAGGUCAUCCUUGCUAAUCUCUACUUGCUACUUCCUCCUGCACUGGAUCCUCUUGUCUAUGGAGUCAAGACCAAGCAGAUUCAAGAACGGAUGUUCACGCUCCUAUGCUCCACACAGAUUGAGCCCACUUGA